AUGUUCAAUUGGCUCGACUAUGCCAACAAAAAAGAGGUCAUAUUCAAUAGAAUUUCAUGGCUAAAAAUUACAGGGGCUCUAUUACUUGCUUGGGACGAAGAUAACUUUGCAUCAAUCAUUGAGCGGUUUGGAAAGGUCAUCUCGCAAUAUAAUGUUAUAUUUACGUGUUCUGAUAUUUCAUUUGGGAAGGUGGGAAUCAUCAUUACCCACAGGAGAAAGAUUAAUGAGGAAAUUGUUGGAUCGUUGAAUGGUAAAAGCUACAUAAUUGGGAUAGUUGAAUUAAUGAUGAGUGGUACCCAUUCAAACCGUUUUCAUCCUUCAAACCGGUCGAAUCAGACGGAGAUAAUGAUGAUGAUGAUGAUGAUGAUGAUAGCUAUGAAGAGGAAGACGGAAUUUACGACACAUUUGACCAGGCACCUGAAGACCUUGAAGAAAGUUAGAUCGAUCAAAACCAACCAGCUCAACCGUACUAAGGAUCUCCGAUGGCAACAAUUCAGAACGAUGCGUCUCUGA